UGCACUCUAGGAAGUGAAGAGCACAUGACAUGGUGACUUGUCAAACAUGUCAUACAACCUCUCAUAUCACCGCCACGUAGCAUUUUGUUAGCUUGCAAGCUUCUUUUAUCAUUUGGGUGGAUUUCGCGCGCAUGUUUCAUUGAUAUAAUUUGUGUUUGAAGUAGCGGUAGAGAUGGACUCUUCAUUCCCGAGUGUUUCCGAGCUGGUGGCGGCUGCUCGGCGUUUGUACGGGCAGGUGUUCGGUGAAGAGGCUCCUCAGACGGCGGUGUGUGCUCCUGGAAGAGUCAACCUGAUAGGGGAGCACACUGACUACAACCAGGGAUUUGUACUUCCAAUGGCGCUGCCCCUGGUGACUGUAGUGGUAGGUCGUCAAACCUCUGGCCAGGAUGUUACCAUAGUAACAGCAACAGAGGAUGCUGAUGAGCCUCGGAGGGUGGACUUCAGCCUUCCCAGUGAUGGAUCACCGCUGUCUCCAGGGUUACCCAGCUGGGCAAACUAUGUGAAGGGUGUUAUACAGCAUUACAGAGCUCCUCCUGUCCCAGGGUUCAGGGCGGUGAUUGCCAGCAGUGUCCCCCUGGGUGGAGGUCUGUCCAGCUCUGCCUCUCUGGAGGUGGCUUUCUACACAUUCCUGCAGCAACUGAAGCCAGAUGACGGAGACAAGGUAUCCAAAGCAGUGGCCUGUCAGAAGGCAGAACACACUCAUGCUGGUGUACCAUGUGGCAUUAUGGAUCAGUUUGUGUCUGUCCUCGGCAGAGAGGGCCAUGCUUUGCUCAUUGACUGCAGGUCCCUGGAGGCCACCCCUGUCCCUCUUUCAGAUCCAGGCCUGGUCAUUCUCAUCACCAACUCCAAUGUGAAGCACUCUCUGACCGGCAGUGAGUACCCCACGAGACGCAGACAGUGUGAGGAGGCUGCCUCCAUCCUGGGAAAGGACAGUCUUAGAGAUGCAACAAUGAAGGACCUGGAGGAGGCAAAGGACAAACUGGAUGAUGUAACCUAUCGAAGAGCUCGUCACGUAAUCGAGGAGAUAGAAAGAACUGCACAAGCUGCUGAAGCCUUGAAGAGAGGAGCCUACAAAGAGUUUGGCAAGCUGAUGGUGGAGAGCCACAACUCCCUCAGGGACCUGUAUGAGGUGAGCUGCAGGGAGCUGGAUGAGCUGGUGUCUGCAGCCAUGGAGGUGGAGGGGGUGUUUGGCAGUCGGAUGACCGGUGGAGGAUUCGGUGGAUGCACCGUGACUAUGCUGCAGGCCCAUGCUGUUGACAGGACUAUACUCCACAUACAGGAGCGAUACAGCGGAACCCCAACUUUCUAUGUCACCACUCCUUCAGAGGGAGCUAGGGCACUCAGUCUGUCCUGACCAUGUCAACACAUCUGUGCUGAGUAACCAAUAAGCUCCUCUUCAUAGGCUUUUCUGUUUGAUUUUUCUUUUCAGUUUUUACUAUUAAAAUAAAAUGAUAUGCCGUUAUGCACACUGCAGCUGAUUGAAAAUCACUCUGUUUAUGAUGAAGUGCCUUCACAGUAAAACAUUGGUUUCUCUAUAAUAUUUGAUUUUGUUUGUUUGUUUCAAUCAUGCAAGACUUUAUCAUCAUCUAGAUAACUUGUAGUAGCUGUUUGUGUUAUUACGACUUAUUUACUGUGAAAAUACAGGUUCCUAUGAACUAAAUCAUGUUAAAAUGUGAAAAACUUUAAUAUGACAUUUUUCUUUACAUUUUUUCUUAAAGGCCUAGUGUGUAAGAUUUAGGGGGAAAUGUAGGCAGCACUGGAAUAUAAGUAUGUUUUCUCUGGUGUAUAAUCACCUGAAAAUAAGAAUCCUUGUUUUGUUCAUGACCCUAGAAUGAGCCAUUUACAUGUACAUAGGGAGCAGGUCCUUGUUUAUGAAGAUCGCUAUGUUGUACUGCCAUGUUUCUACAGUAGCUCAGAAUGGACAAACCAAACACUGGCUCUAGAUAGGGUCAUUAGUGCUUUUAUCUUAAGUCAUAAGAGAAAAAAAGCGAGCACACAUGAGCAUGUGGUGGGCAAGCCGCCUGUCUCUGACAUGCCAAACAGCGUUGGAGAAACAAAGAUUUUGUUAAAUGAAACUGCUUUAUUCAGUGUUUUUACUGGUUUAAAUCACUGGCUCUUUUUGGUUUGGAGAGGAGGAGACCUCUGCUGAUCAUUCAGCUCCCGGUCAAAACCACCUGAAUACCUUGAUCAGAUUAAAGUGAGCACACAUUAGGUUAUUAGGGAAAAAUGUAAGCACACAGCAUGUGGUGGGUGAGCUGCUGAUCUGCAGCCUGCUAAACAGUAUUGGAGAAACACUAAUUUGUAACAUGAAACAACUUUAUUCAGUGUUUUUACCAGUUUAAAUCAAUUUAGGAGGAGACAUCUUCGGAUAAUUCAGCUCCCUUAAAGAACCUCCUGAACAAUAAACAGUGAAGGAAUUCUAUAACCAGAGGUUUCAGCUAGUUGCAAUCUGCAAUCCUCACCACUAGACACCACUAGAUUUCCCUAAAUCUUACACACUGUAGUCUUAAUAUUUUUAAUAUGAACAUCUUAUGUCUUCCACCUUCUUGUUAUAAUUUCAAAACACAUUUUGAGUAUGAUUCAGUCUCAGCAUUUUUAUCAACCUCAUUUCCAGCAGCAGGCAACUGUUUUCAGCAACAACAAAAAAAGCACUCCAUAAACACACUGUACACUAUCUGCUCAGCACCAGACAGCACACAGACACAGUUAGAGAUCAGCUGGUGAACAAAGUAGGGGAUUUAGCAGCUAUAAUGAACCAGACACUUUUUAUGAGUUGGUGGAGACCAAAAACAGAGCUAGAAGGGUGUUGCUCUAACAUUCAUCACAGGGACACAAACCUGUGAUGACAAUAUCACUCAGUGUCUGUUGGAUGUAUAAAUGUCUGUGAAUUAGCCAUAAUAAAUUUGUUAGCCAAUAAAAUAUCAGGACACUGUUUGUCAGCCCAAUAGUAGCCAAAAUGAAGUAUGUUUUAAAGGCCCUGCACACGCACACAGAGGUCUUUAAUUAUUCUGGCUAACGUAACCUCUGCCUGCCUGCUUGAGAAUUGCAUAUUGUCAGUAAAUUUAACAUAUAUAAAAUUUAACAUAUGUUGAAUUUCAAGUAAAACCAACAGAGAAAUUCUAAGUUGCAGGAAACGUCACAUUAGUUAGCCAAACUUAAAUAAAUGAGUUGUUUGGAAUACACACACACAAUUUAUUUUAAUUGAAAUUACUAAAUUGUUGGAAAUUCUGUAAUUCUAAGAAUUCUAUACUAAGUUAAGAGUACAUCUAAAGCAAAUUAUCAAGUACUCCAUUCUGUUCUUUAAUUACUGAAAUUCGAGUGUAAGUGUCCUACACUAAACCAGCAUUUCUUAGUACAUUUUACGGUACCUAUUCCAUCUUAAUCAAAUAAGUACCUUGUUUUUUUAGGCAGUCAGUUUGCAUGCUUUUUUUUAAAAGUAAAGUUAAGUCAUUAGAAUUUAGAAUGCACUAUUAAAAAUGAUAGUACAGCUUAUACUGAAGGUACAUUUGCCCCACCCUGACAGGUGACAACAAAACUGACAAGAGGGUCAGCAAGACGUCAGUCAGACAGUCUUAAGAAGAGGCCUAAUCAGACAGGUUAAGUGAAAACACCUGUGAGAUGAGCCAUGGGUAUGCAGGGGCUUUAUAUUAUUUUACUGAAGUUUAUGACAAUGAAUCUGUUGUUUUCAGAUAAAUAACAUAACUACUUUUGCACUUCUCCUGCAGUUAGUUACACCGGAAGUCUUAUUUUCCAAUAUACUCCGUUAUCACAGCCCGCCCUUGUUCAAAAUCAAAUGAUCAAGAUGUACUGUAUUUUGGAUUUAUGAGAAUAAACAAUAUUUUAAAUCAA